AUGACAAUUGUUCAAUCUGCAGAAGACAAACAUCUCUUCGGAGGCUAUACAAAUAUUCCUUGGACCUCAAACCAACAAACAAAAGCAGACACCACCGCAUUUCUGUUCACAUUAAACAACUCUCCCAAUUUACAAAGCACAAACCACCCCAUCACCGUCAAACAAUCCACAUCCGCCGUCGGCCACCACAUCACCUAUGGACCAAUAUUCGGUCUUCGUGAUGAUCGUUAUCUUCUUCUUGAUUAUCGUUAUCUUGAUGCUGAUUUGGUUAUGGGUUUGGAAGCUGAUAUGCGUCAGUUUUGUGUUGGGUUUCCGCGAUGUUUUGUUGAUACUACGGAGGAGGGCGUGCAGUCGUUUCCGAGGCGAGGAUUC